AUGGCAGCGUCGUAUGGGGACAAGGUCAAGUGGCUGCUGUCCGUCGGCCCCAAAAGCUUCGGUCCGGGGCUCCCAGUGCACCCACCCGCCGCCGAAGCCAACUCUCACCUGUACCUUGAUCUAGACUCACACGCGGAGGCCAUACGGGAAGUGGUCAGCGCAUACGCAGCUUUGAGGCUUAGCGAUAUGGUCAGCGGCGGCGGUCCCCUCUCCAGAGGGAGUCUCUAUAUUGCCGUGCGAGACAAGCUUCGCGGGGUGGCACCUGGCAGUUUCAUCUGCUUAAACGCGGCCUUGGCUGUUGUGCAGUGGACCAACGAGGCUUGGAACCUGCCGGGAAUCCUAGAUGAUAUGAGCAAGAAGAGCCGAAAUGUGAAGCGUCUGUACUCGUCGGCUAGAGACAGCAUCUACACGCUCACAGCGAGCGAUGCGGCCUAUUGCACCGCCAUACUCUCCGUCGCGGCCAGGGCGUACCGGCCCCUAUCGGUGGCAGAGAUGGUCGAACUGGUCAAGCUGCGGGUCAUGGAUGGAGUGGACGGUCGCAAGUAUGUUUACGGACAACGAAAGCAACGGAAAGAAGAAAAGGACGACCAAGGUCAAGGAAAAUUGUCCAUCGGAGAUGUCCACGACGGCAUCACCACCUGCCGGAGUAAUAUCGAGGGCACUAACGUUGAUGGCAUCGCAAUCACGCCGGCCGGAGACCGGCUUGUGGCUACUGUGGACGGAAAACCAAGGCAUUGGAACUUGGAGUUUCCCGAUAUUAGAGAGGUUGAACUCGGUUUACCGGAGGGCGUCGAGAACGUUGAGGAGACCGAGGUCGAAUCCAUUAAGGUUCUCGCCUGA